AUGGAUCAAUAAUAGCCACUUAUGAGCACUUGAGAUAAGACUAAAGUACCUUUUUGGUAAAUGAAAAUGUUACAUAGUGCCGCUUGUGGCACGUGAAGUGGUAGUAUAAUUCGAUUUUGCCCCUCGUAACCAUAAUCCAAUUAUUACUUUUAUCGGCUUAGUAUAAAACAAAUCAUUUUUCAGUGCAAUUUCAAUAUUCGAUAUUAAUAAAAUAUGGACAACAACGGUCAACGUAAUACGGGAGGGAAAGAAACUCAUCUAGAACAAUCAGGAGCAAAUUAUCAUCAACAAACACAUGGAUGUAAUGCUGUGCCAAUGGAUAUCAACGCCACUCAUGCCGGUAAUAUGGCAUAUAUGAUGCCUCCUAUACCAAUGGAGAAGAACAAUCCUAUGUAUGAUGAUGGAAUGGGCAUGUAUUACGCAGCACCGCCCUAUCAAAUGUAUGAUAAUGUGCCAUACGGUGGAAACGUGAUGCCAUACAUGCUCCCAGGUAUGCAUAUGGUAUCACCAUAUGAACAAUAUCAGCCUAGAAGUAUGUCUAUACCUCUGCCCACAUAUACCCCUCGACCUGUGUACCAGGAUAUGGGCCAAAGCAGGGUCCCACCAGCACAGAUGGUAGGCAGGGGCGUUCACCGCAAAAACAAAAACUUCCUUUGUUGCUAAUAUG